GUAGGGGUCGAACCUACGACUUUCUGCUUAGGAAACAGACGCUCUAUCCACUGAGCUACAGGCGCUGUUGCUGAGAGGAUACGAUACUAUUUUUAUUAGUAUGAUAAUAAAAAUUUUGAAUAAUAAAUAAAGCGGCAAACUGCAAAAAGAAAGAAAAGCAAAGAGAUUGAUGCGGUGAAAUUGAAUGAUCUGUGGAGGGAGAAGAAGGAGAAGAAGAAGAGGAAAAUGGAAGAAACAAUAAGCAGAUUUAGCAACAUCCUAAAUACAUUCUGCAACCAUAUCCAAACAAGCUGCGACGCUCUCAAGAUUUCACUCGACCGCCGUCCCAUCCCUCUCGAUUCGGCUUCAUCUACCUUCGUACAAUGUUUAAACCGUCGCGUUUCAACGGCUAGUGUCGAUCUAAACAUGCUGGAAUCAAUGUCUUUUGGUACCGUAUCGUUCGAAGAGCUAUUAGGUCACUGUAAUGAAGUUUAUAAAAAGAAUGAUAACGAUCUCUUUCAACUUCAACAACAUCUUAUAAGCUUUGGCUAUGUCCCUCCUCCUGAUGCAGAUAUUGAUGAUGAUGAAGAGGAGGAGGAGGAAUCAACUGACGUAAAAACAAAGGAUGGAUUGGAUUUUCCUUCUUGUAAUGGAUCAGUGUCUUCUGCCAUUAAAAGUUUGCAAGAGGAUCCUUUAUUGGAUGAUUCAUUGAGUUUAAAGAGUCUUGGCCUUUCGGAUGUCUGUCUUGCCACUUUAGAAGCAAACAGUAAGAUCCACAGUCCUGAUUUAUUUACGAGGGAAUCAAUGAAAGAUUACGGUGAUAAAAUAUAUAGCAUAAGGAGUCUAGACCAGAUCUCUGCAAAGACCCUAGGCGUAACCAAAGGGGAAAUGGAGAAUGAUCUGAAGCCAUCUGAAGAUGUUAGGCCCUUUGUAGAGGUAUCAAAAGAUGAUUAUGAUGGUCUGCCUUCCUACAUGAAAAGUCUUACAACAUGGGAGGAUAUGCUAGCUGCUGUUGAUAAAAUUAACUCAAGUCUGAGAAAGAAAGAGAAAACGAUGGGAAAUAACUACUUCCACCAGGAUGAAAUCGCGUCGUUGGAAUUGGGUCCAAAAGCAAGAACUUAUUUGCUGCUGCUCAUGCGUAUGAAUCAAUUGGUCGUGGAGACUAUUGACGGUCUGAUUUCCUACAGGGUUUUGUUGAGGAAAUGAAACAUCCACGGGAUGACAUGAAUAGAAGAUUUUUACUGCUCGAAAGUCACAAAUGUUUUUGUAGCAAAUCAAAUCCUUCAAUUGAAUAGCAGACACUAAAUUUUCUUGUAUAUAGAGUACAUGAAAAGACUGAAGGAUAAAUAAGAUCGUUUCCUCAUAUUAUAUGCUC